AUGGACGAACCAACGACCCCGACAACCCCCACAAUGAUCCGAGUAGAAGAAGAGGAGUAUGAUUUGUUGAGAAGUUUUUAUGUCCGAAAAAGAAGAGCGCCAAUGAAUCAGGUUGAAUUCGACGAGAAAUACGGUUACCAAAAAAGGCAGAAAGGAGGUGGAAAGUUCAAAAAGCGGUCGACGAAAGUGGCGAGAAUCGCCUAUGCCAUCUUGUCUCGUCAAGAACCAAUCGUUGGACUAUACACUUCAAUAUUUCCAGUUUUCAUAUACAUUUUCUUUGGAACAUCCCGACAUGCAAGUCUUGGAACAUUCGCAGUAGUUGCUUUGAUGACUGGAUUAGCAGUGGAAAGAGAAGCAUUUAUUCCAACUGAUAAUCUGAACUCAACUCUCCUUCCUGGAGAUGAAACACUUCCAUCGCCUAUCGAAGUUUCGUGCGCAUUGGUUUUAGGAGUAGGAUUGGUCCAGUUUUUGAUGGGAGUGUUCCGUUUGCAAUUUCUUACAACUUAUCUCUCGGAUCAACUGAUAGCUGGUUUCACAACAGGAUCUGCUGUUCAUGUUCUUGUUUCUCAAUUCAAGGAACUUUUCGGAAUGAGAGGAUUAGUGAAACACAGUGGACCUGGCUAUCUCGUUAGAAAUGUUUUUGACAUAGUGAUGAACAUGCCAAACGCCAAUUGGAUGUGUUGUGCUAUCUCUUUUGCAACAAUUGUACUUCUUCACUGUGGAAAGGAAUACAUUAAUCCUGUGGUGAAGAAAAAACUGACUCCCAAAUUUUCAGUGCCAUGGGAGUUAGUUGCGGUAAUUCUCACUACUAUUUUCUGUGGAGUCAUCAACGCAAAUGAAUUGUAUAAUGUGAAGAUUGUAAACAAAAUUCCGACUGGCCUCCCAGAAUUGUCUUUCCCCCAACCAAGCCUGAUUCCUCGUGUGCUACCAGAUGCUAUAAGUAUUGCAGUUGUUGUCGUGGCAGUUCAUUUAUCCCUUUCUAAAAUGCUUGCUAAGAAAUAUCAAUACGAUUUGGAUGCUGGUCAAGAACUCUAUGCACUUUCAUUCACUGCAAUCGGAGGAAGCUUCUUCCCUACAUUUCCGACAUCAAUCGGAUUGGGAAGAACUAUGGUUGGAUUGGAAUCUGGUGUAAAAACUCAAAUGGCCACUUUAUUCUCUUGUCUCUUCGUAUUAUCUGUCACUUUAUAUUUUGGACGAUUUCUGGAGACACUGCCAAUGUGUGUUCUAUCUGCAAUUAUUGUCGUUGCGUUGAAGAGUAUGUUAUGGAAAUUGAGAGAUUUGCCAGAGCUUUGGAGACUUUCAAAAAUUGAUUGUUUCAUUUGGAUGGUCGCAUUCUUCGCGACAGUACUUGUUGAUGUCUCUGAGGGUCUCAUCAUUGCAAUUUUCUUCGCACUAUUCACAACUAUUUUGAGAGAGCAAUAUCCGAAAUGGCAUCUUCUGGCUAACGUGAAAGACACCGACGAGUUCAGAGAUACUCAACAAUACCAAGAAGUAAUAUUUCACAAGGGAAUUUGCAUUUUCCGAUUCGAUGCUCCACUUUUGUUCCACAAUGUGGAAUGCUUCAAAAAAUGUUUGGAAAAAGCAUUCGAAGAGUGGAAGAAGUCUCCCGAAUUCAAUGUUGUUCAUGAGGAAAAAUCUAACAAGGAUCGAAAAUUCACUUUUGAGGGUAUGCACAGAAUGGCGCCAGUUAUCGAACAGCCCCUUCACCCGGGACUCCAUCGUGAUCCGAUCCUCUCUCGCCAUUUUGUUAUUGACUGCUCUGGAUUCACUUCUAUUGAUUUGAUGGGUGUCAGUUCACUGAAAGAAGUAUUUUCUGACCUCAGAAGGAAGGGAGUACAAGUUUACUUUGCCAGUACUAAAGUUCCGGUUCGAGAUAUGUUUGAGAAGUGUGAUUUCUUUGAAUUUGUAUCGAAAGAGAACUUUUAUCCAACAUUGAGAGAUGCUACUGGAAUUGCCAAAUUACGACAGAAUGAAUUUGGUUUCAUCGACACCACAAGAAUUCCCGAAUUCGAUGAGAUGUCAAAUGUCACAACUAACUUACCAAACCACUGA